UGGCAGCUGGAGGUUAGCUGGUUCAAAGAAUUCAACGGUUCUGUUGAAAAUCAGACUUUCGGUGCAUUUGUGAUUUCCCUUCCGGACAGACCGCCGAGCGACAGAAAUUCAUUUUCAAUUCUGAAUGGCAGCGCCUGCUGCACCAUUUCAACUUCUCAGAUAUAAUCCACUGUCGAAUCAGUCAUAAGGUUUAGAAUCAAGAGCGAAUCCAAGCAGUUCAGUGCAGUGUCGGUCGGUACACAUUCACUUUUAUCAACAACUGUGUGUACAAACAAAGCUGCGAGUCUCAAGCACGCAGCAGUUUACAAUAAUUAUUCAUUUUAACACUAAGCGCGGAGCUAAACGUCUGAUUUGAGUGUGUUUGAAGCUGUUAAGUGCAGUUCUGUAAAAAAAUUAAUACAAAUAUACUUUAAAGCUCGUUUUUAAUUUUAAUUGUCAGCUUUUGGUUUGUUCGUUUGUUCGUUAAUUACUUUUCUUCCGCCUAAUGACCGGUUUGGCUAAGCGACGAGUUUAAAAUAACUUUUUCGUGUGUGUAAUUGUGUUUUUUAUUCAAAAAUGUUUCUUCAGAAAAUUACGCGCAAACAUGUGAUAAUAUUGCUGAGCCUUUGUACUGUAAUAGCUGUAAUUCUCAUAUAUUUCUACACCACCACUGGUCGGCGUGGGGAAGAUGAUAGGUGGAUAAAUGACGCUAAUUGUCCCACAGUAUCAGUGAACACCUCGAAAUCCACGCUAAAGCUGGUGCAUAUGGUGUUUCGUCAUGGUGCGCGUACUCCGGUAACCACCUAUCCGAAUGACCCUUACGUGAACGAUACGUUUCAUCCCACUGGCUGGGGUCAUGUGACAAAUAAAGGAAAAAUCGAAUUAUAUCACCUUGGAGAGUGGCUACACAGGCGUUAUGGAAAGUUUAUGGAACCGCACUAUUCACCGGAGUACGUUUACGCUCAAUCAACGGCAUCGCCGCGUGCACUAAUGUCUAUGUCCACCGUUCUAGCUAGCUUCUUUCCGCCGCGCGGUACCGAUAUGGAAUGGAAUACCGAAUACAAUUGGCAGCCAAUACCUGUUUUCUCAGAGCCCUUAGAGCAAGAUUCUCUACUUUUGGUUCGCACACCCUGUCCGCGUUUUUUCGAGGCGCGCGAAGAAGUAUUUCAAUUACCGAAGGUGAAAGCAGAAUUGGCUGAGCACGAAGAUCUAUUUCAAAACUUGACCAAAUUGACUGGCGUGCCUAUCAGAAAUGCCGAUGAUGUCAAUUCCUUAUACAACACUCUAUUAGCGGAGCAAGAGUUCGGCUACACCUUACCUUCGUGGACCAAGGAUUACUUUCCUGAAAAAUUGCAAUUUUUAGCCGAGCAAAGCUUUAUCUAUAACGCAUACACCAAAGAAAUGCAAAAGAUUAAAGGAGGUCCCUUCCUUAAAAAGAUGUUUGCCGAGAUGUUGGAAAAGCGUAACGGCAAACUUAGUCCCGGUAAUCGAAAGCUAUUCAUCUACGCUGCCCAUGACUGGACGGUAGGCAACAUAAUGGCGUCGUUGAAUCUGUGGAAAGGUCAAAUGUUGCGCUUUGCGGUCACACUUAUUUUCGAGUUGCACCAAAAUCAGCACACCGGCGAGUACUAUAUUGAGAUUUAUUUACGAAAUAGUGAGGACGGCUGUGCUGAGUUGCUGUCGGUGCCGAAUUGUGGCGCGCAAUGCCCGCUGGAUAGACUAAUUGACUUGAAUGCUGAUGUCAUACCUAAUGAAACGUAUGAGGAGCGUUGCAAAGCGAAAAAUGCUAAUUUCGUUGAGCCGCCAAAGCGUGCGGUGGAACGUGAUCCGAACUCGAAACUUUAUCGUAUAAAAGUAAAAUCUGAAAUGUCGCGCACACAUUUCUCUAAUAAACAUCGUCUAGCUAUGGCUGGCGCAGCGGUGGCGGUGGUGCUUUUAUUGUUAUGUUUGCUAAGUUCAAACGUUCUUUCAUUCGUGUCCGAAGACAAAGCCGAUGCUGAUACUUUAGAAUUACUACAUGUGGUUUUCCGACACGGACCACGAACACCCGCAGACACAUAUCCAAAUGACCCACACAUUAACCAGACCUUCUCUCCUUUCGGAUGGGGGCACAUAACCAAUAACGGCAAGCGUGAGCUAUUUGGCAUUGGAACGUGGCUGCGCAAGCGUUACGCAGACUUCAUGUCGCCAUACUAUACGCCAGACCAGGCACACGCUCAAGCAACGGGUGUUGCACGCACCCACAUGACACUGCAGACGGUGCUGGCGAGUUUGUUCCCCCCAAAAGAUACGCCCAUGGAAUGGCAUCCGAAAUAUAAUUGGCAGCCGGUGCCGGUAUUUUCGCAGCCACUCAAUGAGGAUUCUUUACUGUUGGUGCGCACACCUUGUCCGCGUUAUUUUGAGGCUUUAGGCGAAGUUUUAGAGUUGCCAAAUGUAAAAGCGGAAAUUGAACCAUACCUCGGCAUGCUGAGCGAGUUGUCACUCUUAACCGGCAUGAAUUUAACGCAACCCGAAGACGUACAAUCGCUUUACCUAACACUUCUAGCAGAGCAAGAAUUUGGUCUAAAACUUCCGGAUUGGACGAAGAGUUACUUCCCUCAACAAAUGCAGUUCCUAACCGAUCAAAGUUACAUUUAUAAUGUUUUUACGCCUGAGAUGCAAAAGAUAAAGGCUGGACCAUUUUUGCAGAAAAUGUUUACGGAAAUGCAGGAAAAACGAGAUGGCAAACUGAAGCCACAGACUCGCAAAAUAUUUAUUUACACCGGACAUGACACGACAGUAGUCAAUAUUCUGUCUAGCCUAAAAAUAUGGAAGCGACAGUUGCCACGUUACUCGGUUAUGACUAUUUUUGAAUUGCACAAGAAUAAGAUUACCGGAGAGUAUUAUGUAGAGGUUUACUUCCGAAGUCAUGCCAAAGCGCCGUUAGAGAAGCUGACAGUACCAGGCUGUGAUUUUCAAUGCCCCUUAGACCAACUAAUUGAACUAAGUGGUGAUGUACUUCCAAAUGAGCCAUAUGAUGUGCGUUGUGCUUCAAAGAAUGAAGGUUUCACGGAGCCACCGCUCAAAGGACCAUAAGUGAUAUAUACAUAGAAAAAAGUAUUUUUAUAACGCGUAAUUUAAUUUGUAAUAUUUUAUUUAUUGCACGAAUAUUUAAAUUUAAUUCAGUUUUAAGUUCUUAAUGAAAUUGUUUGUAUGUGGAAAUAAAUUAAUUUAUAGAUAAUUGUUUAUAA